AUUUAAUUUUAUCCAUGCACAACUUGAGCUCACAGUUUUCUUUAUCCUUUUUGCGCAACUUUGCCUCUAGAUAUGUGAUGUAUGCCGCUUUGGUGUCACUAAAGUGUUUUCGCUUCACUCCACCUCCAGAACAAUAAAUAGUUCCAUGUCGUUGAGGUCCAAAGUGCUUUUCAGCAACUUCAAGACUUGUAAGUGAUGAAUCAGACUUAACUGUCUUCACAAUUUCAUCCUAUAAAUAUUAGCAAAGAUAAAAAGCCAACAAGAAAAUAAUGAGCUGAGACUAAAUAAUGAGUUUAGACUAUGAAUGAGGGUCAUGAUAUAGUGAUACUUAUAUAUUUUUCCUUUUCUCUUGUCCCAUGUAAUUUUUCAUUUUUGCUCCGAGUCAAAAUAAAACAUCACUCCCAAAUCUGGAUCUUUUGCAUCUUUACCUCCCUGUCAAUUAUAAGAAAAAAUCAUCAAGAACAUUUAUGUAUGAAAAUGAACAUCAUUGAAAAAUAAACAAGUAUAGUUAGUGGUUUUCCUACAUUUUCAUACUCCAUAUAUGAUUUGUCUAUGUAGCAUACAUCCUGUGGGAUGGCCGAUGAGGCAUUUCCAUAUCCGAUGCCGACCUAUUCUUAGAAUUCUACUCAUUGAUUUUCUACACAAAAAUAAAGUACUCCGUAUAAUAAACUAUUUGCAAGAUUUGGUCAUUCAACAUGGGGCAGCCUACCCAGGCCAUAACUUUCGCCUUUCACCAACGCAAGAUUCUCCCCAGCUUCUGGUUUAAUUUGCAAGCUCUCUCCAUCACAUUCUUUAGUUCAAUUUCAGCACUUGUACAAUUAGAAGACACUCAAGAGUAACAAUAUGGACGUCGGUUCCCUCUUCGCUCUGAAGAACGCGAAAGGGAAGAAGAAGGCCCCGGGGGGCGCUUCUGCGAGGGAGGGGCCCUCUCAAACUGCUGUCGCCACCGCUGGCGCCGGAGGGUCCAAGGGUGCCGGGCCCGUAAAAAAGAAGAACGCCGGCAAGGGGACCGAGCCCCCAGCCAAGAAGCCGAAGACUACCGCCCCUACCAAACAGCCGAUCACCGAUGUGGUGGUGAUCGUUGACGAAGGGCACGCCUCUGCCUCCACCCCCCAGGAACAAAUCAAUCAGGAGUUCUUCGGGCGGGAGAGGUUGGAGGCGUUAGUACCGAAGGGAGCCUCCGUGUUGGAGGGCAGUCUGAACCCUUCGGCUCUGAUAAGCCAGAUGCUGCCGUCGGCCGACCGACUAGCCCUUGCCCGGUUGGACGAGGGAUCCCUCGAGGCGAAGGUCCUCCUGAAUGCUGCCUCCAGCUUUAUGGGCCUCUGCGAGCACCUCCGGAGGGUGGAUCAAAUGAGGGAGGCCAAGGGUGUAGCCGAGGGGGAGGCCGCCCUCCUCAGGAAGAAGCUUGCUGAAGCCGAGGACUCUCUUCGUCUGGCCUCCGACGGCAUAGAGCAGAGGGUGCAGGCUGCCAGGGCCGAAGGGGUUAAUGAGGGACUGGCCAGGGCCGGGGAGGCCGCCGCCGAGGCCGCCCGCAUUGCUGCUGAUGAAGCCCGCGCGGCUCAAGAAGAGGCCGUCUCCAAGGCCCGAGAGGAUGCGGUGACCAGCUUCACAGCCGAGGGGUGGAAGGCCGAAGACCGGAGGGAGUGGCUCGCUUCGGUGGUGGGGGCUUCAGUAGACGAGUGGGUCGGAGGCCCCGGAAAGAUGUGGCUUGCUGAGAGGGGCGACUCGUACUACCAAGGCGGGGAGUUCUUCACCCAACGCCUCAUCUACCGGAAGCUUGCGAAGCACUUUCAGGUGGCACCGGAGGAGUUCCGUCCUGAGGCUUAUGGCCUCCCCCCAGCCAGAUGUCAGGAUCCCGCUCCCCGAGGGGGAAGAGAGACCAGUUCUUGAAGACUCGGAGACCCUCCGGGAGUGCGGCCUUGGGGGUGAAGAGGAUGAAGCCGAGAGCGAGGCAAUAUCUACAGUCCCCCCUUCUUGAAUUGUAUUCCCCCCUUUUGUGUUGUAAUUGUUGGCCUCGGCCCCCUUUGUAAAGCACAAUCAAACUUCCUUUUUUUUGAAUGAAUGAGUACAUAUGCCCUCGGGCCUUUGAUAUACAAUAUGCU